CAUCAGUACUGGUUCACUAGGUCACAGAUUAAGAAUAACAUCAGUCUAAAACUCAGUUUGGGAGGAAAUACAGUAAGAAGAGCACACCGAUAAAUAUUUUGUAAUAAAACAAGUGCUAGUUUAAGUAUUUCAGGAAGAGGUAGGGCUUCACGCGUCAUUUGAAGACAGCCAGUGACUCAGCUGUUCAGACAUCUAGAGGAAGUUCAUUUCACUACCUCGGUGCCAGAACAGAGAAGAGUCUUGAUGCAUAGCUUUCUUUGUACCCUGAGAGAUGGUGGGACCGGUCAAGCAGUGCUGGAGGAUGUGAGGGAGCGAGCUGCAGUGCAGGGACUGCUCUUAUAAGAGAUUUGAGGAAUUCUGACUCAGAGAUGCAGCAUCUCUCCGUUCAGGAGACACCGAUCGGAACCAAAGUGUGCAAGUGAGCUGAGAAGAAGGAAAGCAGGGAAGAGACUGGCAAAGCAGACAUCAUUUCCAUCUCCACCUUCAUCUCCACACCUGGUGCUCUGAUCUACUUUAGCCAUUUAAUGAACAAAACAGCAAUAAUCUCUCAACACAAAUCUGCUGGACCAAACAGCAAAAAAGCAGCAUGUCACAGCAUCGUCCCUGACUCACCCUUGACGUUCUAGUGUCUCAUGCCAUGCUGAUUAAAGUGGACACAGAAGGACAAUCCAAUAACAAAUAAAGGCAAAACAGCAAAAUCUAACACUUCCUCUUCCCUAAUCUACUUUACAAGUGGCGUCAUGGUGACCCAUGUCGAGACGAUCGUAUCAGAGGACAGACAAGAAAGAAACUGGGACAGUUGCCUCUAAAAAAGAGAGAUAUAGUGACUCAAAAAAGAAACAGCAGCAAAAAACAACAGUUGUUUCAUGUAUUAUGUCCAUCAGGUAAUUAAAGUAGACAUGGAUGAAUAGCAGAACCUAACACAACGGACAACCAAUGACAUAUCCGUCUUCAUCCAUGAUGAUCCCAUAUUGAAUAAACAAGACCAAUCAGGUCUUCUGAGAAACAAAGACCAACAGCAUUUAAUAUUGCUACUGCUAAUAAUAAUAAUUUUAACAAUAAUGAUGAUGAUAAAACAGAUGCAAGUUAAAGCAUGACUUGUCCCUAAUCAUCUUUUAUUCCCCAUGAUCUCACAAUUUUGGUAAAAAGAAGGGGAAAAAAAAACAAAUAACAAUAAAAAAUUACCAAAAAAGAUAAAAACAAAAUAUCAACCCACUUCACAGCUGUUAACUCCGAGAUUGUCCCCAUGGUGAUCAAAUUACAGGCACAAAAUGAAACAACAGAAAAUUAGCAGCAUGACUCGUCCCUAGUCUACUUUAUUAUCUCUGUGAUGUCCCCAUUAACACGGAUGAGGACGAAAAACAAAUGCUCCUUCAGCACAAAUCAACCAAAAACGACAUGUAAUGAGACAAAUGCCUGCCCAAUAGCGGUUCGUCAUUCCUAACCUCGGGAUUUAUUGCCUCCAUGAUGCGCACGUGGUAAUAAAGUCGGCAAAUUUGGACAAAUGAACCAAUGAAGAAAUGGCAACAAAACCAACACUUUACUUUCUCAUAUUGUCUUUGUCUUUGCUUCCGUCCUCAUUGUGAUUAAAGUGCACAGGAACAGACAAACAGGCGAGAUAAAAGAGAAAACUUGCUCACAAAGCAGACUUGUCCUACCUCCUCCCUGGGCAAUGCCCCUGUACUGAUCAGAGUGGACGUGGAUGGACAAACAAGCAAACAAGAAAAUCGCAAAAAAACACUACCAUCCCUGACUCCUCCAUUAUGUCUUAGUGCUGUGAUUAAAGUGGACGAGGACAAGGGACAACAUGCGUUUGUGGACAACGUCCUGGCGCUGGGUGGCACUGGUGCUGUUGGCCUGGGCGAUGCUGCUUUUCUUUAUGGGCGGUCACCUGGUCCGUGAGAGCCAACACACACACGAAACGACACACACACGCAGAGAGCUCGCCAACAUCCUCACCAAACUGGAGCGUCUCAAACAGCAGAACCACGAGCUGCGGCGUAUGGCACAGGCCCUAAGGAUUCCUGAAGGACAGUCCGUUAAACCCGUCUCUGCAGGUCGGGUGCGUGUUUUAGAGGAGCAGCUUAACAGAGCCAAGCAAGAGAUCCGCAGCUAUCAGAGAGUGUUUGGAGAUGUAGGUCCAGGUCGUGUGCAAGAGGACUACAGGAGGAAGGUGGAGAGAGGUGUGAGGGAGUUUUGGUAUUUUCUGCGCAGCGAGGUGAAGAAGCUGAGCCACGUGGAUCCAGCUGCGCUGCAGACGCACAUCGAUACGCUUCUGCAUGAUCUCGGACACCAACAGAGGUCCAUCCUGACAGAUCUUCACUACUUGAGCCAAGCUGAUGGAGCAGGUGACUGGAGGGAAAAGGAAGCGAAGGAUCUUUCCAAUCUGGUGCAGAACAGGAUUUCCUACCUGCAGAAUCCUCCAGACUGCAGUAAGGCUCGCAAGUUGGUGUGUAACAUUAAUAAGGGCUGUGGUUAUGGCUGCCAGCUGCACCAUGUGGUUUACUGCUUCAUGAUUGCCUAUGGCACCGAGCGCACACUUGUCCUCGAGUCCCACAGCUGGCGAUAUGCGCCUAAUGGGUGGGAGACGGUGUUCAGACCUCUGAGCAACACCUGCACCGAGCGCACAGGAGCAUCCACCGGACACUGGACAGGGGAAGACCAUGAUCGGGACGUGCAGGUGGUGGAGUUGCCCAUCGUGGACAGUCUUCACCCUCGACCCCCCUACCUGCCUCUGGCCAUCCCUGAGGAUCUGGCUCCACGGCUUCAGAGGCUGCACGGAGAUCCCUCCGUCUGGUGGGUGUCUCAGUUCGUCAAGUACCUGGUGCGUCCUCAGUCGUGGCUCGAGAAAGAGAUGCAGGAGGCUGGCAUCAAACUGGGCUUCAAACACCCCAUCAUUGGUGUGCAUGUGAGGCGCACAGAUAAAGUGGGCACGGAGGCAGCGUUCCACCCCAUAGAGGAGUACAUGCUGCAUGUGGAGGAACAGUUCCAGCUCAUGGCCCAGCGCAUGCAACUGGAUAAAAAGAGAGUGUACCUGGCAACUGAUGACCCCUCACUGUUACAGGAGGCCAAGAACAAAUACCCCGAUUAUGAGUUCAUCAGCGAUAAUUCCAUCUCGUGGUCGGCUGGACUGCAUAACCGCUACACAGAGAACUCUCUCAAGGGAGUCAUCCUGGACAUCCAUUUCUUAUCCCAGACUGACUUCCUAGUCUGUACAUUUUCCUCACAGGUUUGCCGUGUGGCCUAUGAGAUCAUGCAGACGCUACAUCCAGAUGCUUCAUCCUACUUCUACUCUCUGGAUGACAUCUACUAUUUCGGCGGGCAAAAUGCUCACAACCAGAUAGCCAUCUAUGCACAUCGGCCACGCACUGCUGAGGACGUCGCUCUGGAGCCUGGAGAUGUUAUUGGCGUUGCUGGAAACCACUGGGACGGUUACUCCAAAGGACUGAAUCGCAGACUGGGGCGCACUGGCCUCUAUCCAUCUUACAAAGUGAAGGAGAAAAUCGAAACGGUGAAAUACCCCACUUACCCCAAGGCAGACAAACUGCUCAACUCAGAAAAUAGAGGAAAAUAGACUGAAAGAGACAGUAAGAGACUUUAAAAACAGAGAGAAAGGCAUGAAGAGACUGAACCAGAUGGAGACAGAUAUAGAGACAAAAGAGACAGGGUGAGAAUAAUCCCAAAGUAUUUUUUUCCUGUAUAAAGCUUAAUGAUAAAGGAGAGAAAAUAAGACAUAGUCCACAAAGAGAUACAUGCUGUCAUGUGUGUGUAUGUGUGUGAGUUAAACAGAGAUGAUGUCAAGAGACAAAGAAACAGAGAUGGAAAAAGAAAAAAAAAUAGAUGGAAAUACACUGGUAAGGAAAAAAAAGGAAUGGAGAGAGAUCUGGAAAGAGACAAAAAGAGACAGACAAAAAGAGAGAGAUACAGUAAAUGACAGAAUUAUACACAAAGCGGGAAACAGAUAAAGACAGAGAAAAGAAAGAAUGCUCUAAAAGCAUGAUCAAAUGAGAGGUAAAGAAGGAAGUGGAAGAUCGGAAAGAAACACACAGAGACAGAGA